AUGGCAGCGACUGAACACCAGCUCAUGAUAAGCGUCGGAAUCAUUGAGAAAGACGUGAACGGAGACACGCUGUGGGUGUGGUGUUACCCGUCGGUGGACUCUGAGCUGAGGCAGGUGCUUCUGUCCAAAUGCUGUCUGUCCCACGGCACAAAGGACUUCCACACGUUUGUAUUCGGACAAUUCAAACGCAGCUGGUAUUACAUCAGCUCCGCAGAGGUGCAGGAGCCCACGGCACUCAUAAAGGUCACUCAUUUUUCCAUUGUAGUUACAGCAAAAGAUUUUAACCCAGAGAAGUAUGCUGCUCUUGGUAGAAUACUUUGCAGGACAUAUGUCAAAUACGGGAGUCCUGUGAAAAUGUUGGAGUCGUACAUCACAGUCUUCACCAAAGGCCUCUGUCAGAGCGACGAAAACGGAUCUUUUCUCAUUAAGGACUAUGACGUGAGGAAAGCUUAUUUAGCUGGUUCUGUUAAAGAUAUUGUAGCACAGUUUGGUAUGGAGACGAUUAUCCUUUACACUGCUCUGAUGCUGAAGAAGAGGAUAGUAGUUCAUCAUCCCCGAAUCGAAGCCUUGUUAGAGUUUACUAGAGUUCUUCCAGCAUUGACCUGGCACAGAAAGGACUGGUCCAUUUUACACCCGUAUGUGCAUCUGGAAGACAAUGAGAUAGAAGAUUUAAAUAAAUGUUCUGGAUAUGUGGCUGGGUUUGUGGAUCCAGAGGUGAGCAAGCGGACGGAACUCUACGACGUCUUUGUGAAUCUGCCAGAAAGUGUCAUCACAGUAUCACCGAGUGCAAAAGAGUCUAUGUCUAUGGGAAAGAUACACAAAGAGGUCGGGCUCCUUAUUCUGCAGUCGGCGGAGGACGUGGAGAAGUCGGACAGCCAAGUCAUAAAGGACAUUUCUGUGAAGACCAAAGAGCUGCUGACAAACCUCAUGGCUCUGGCUGAACAGUGUGAAGAUUCCAAACUCACUUUAGAAAGUUUAAAACAACAUCACUUUCCUCCAGCCACAGAAAACUUCCUCUUUCACCUCGCGGCAGCGGAACAACUGCUGCGGUUAUGA